AUAUGACAUGCGUUUGUCUUGAUGCAGUUGGGGAGCUACAAAGCUUGAAACAGCCACGACUCACAAAUAAAUAGUCUUCAGCGCUUUAAGUCGUUAUGUCUUGUUUCUGCGGAGACCCAAAUUUCUGUCCAGAGUGCGGUAACGUGCUCCCGUUACCUGGCCUACAGGACACUGUAACCUGUCCCCGCUGUUCCUUCAACAUCCCAAUACGAGAAUUCCUAGGUCAAGUUAUUACCUCAUCAGUGGUGUUCAAUCCAUUAGAACAAAGCUCUACUGCUGCAGACCAAACAGAAGACUCAGAACUCAAAGGACCAGUGAUUGACAGGCGGUGUUCACGCUGCAAUAAAGAGGGAAUGGUUUAUCACACAAGACAGAUGAGGUCUGCUGAUGAAGGCCAGACAGUUUUCUUCACAUGUAUACACUGCAGAUACCAAGAGAAGGAGGACUCAUGAGAAGAAUUUUUGCAGAAUGCCCCACUUUAUCUGGUCUACUGUGUUUGAUGUCUGAGGACUUUUGUAUUGUCCAAAAAAAAAAAAUCUGUAUUCUUGCAACAGUUUAUUUUUUCCAUCAUGUAGCUUCAUCUUGCCAAAUGAGAUGA